UUUCCGUGCUGAGCGACCCGGAAAUGAACCUGCUUUCAAUGCAGAAGGCCUGAGUGGUAACGCGAUGUCUGGCCAGCCGGCAUUGCGGGUCAAUGCGGCGUUUGCUGCACGUUAUGGGAAGUACCGGCGUCGCGAGGAGCUGCAGCGGCUGCAGGACAAAUAUGGGGAAGAGGAGAAAGUCUCGAGUUCCGAGUCGGCGUCUAGCGAAGAGGAGGAACUUGACCCCAAACUGGAUCGUGCUUUUUAUUCCAUGUUAGGCUUAUUAAAAACAAAGGAUCCCCGAAUUUAUCAAAAGAAUGUCACUUUCUACACUGAGGAAGAUUCUUCCUCAGCCAGUGUUUGUAAGAAGACUUCCACAAAGAAGAAAGAAAAGCCCAUGUUACUUAAGGAUUAUGAGAGAAAAGUUAUGGUGGAGAAGGCAGGCAAAUAUGAAGAUGAAGAGGAUGAAGAAGAGAUAACAGUUAAAAAGCAACUGACUUAUGUAGAAGAACAGAGGGAGCUAAAGGAAAGCUUCCGAAAGUUUGUGGCAGAAAGUGAUGAAGAAGGUGACAAUGGCAAUUCUUCAGCUCUACUGCAGAAACGGGUUAAAAGUAAGGAAGAGAAAGAACAUGAGGAAGCAGACUAUAUCAGCUGGUUGAAAGGUCAAAAGAAGCUAGAAGCAGAGAAUGAACUUCAAGAUCUGAUACCUCUGAAAAUAUACUGGAAUGAUCCAAAACUGGAUGAAGGGGAGCAGUUUCUGAGAGAUUAUAUCUUAAACCAAUGUUAUAAGAAAGGAAGCAGGGAGGAGGAGCAGGAGCAGGAGCAUCAACAGAAAGGUACACCUGGGAUCGAACUGGCUGUUUCAGACUCAUCAGAUGAGGGUGAAUUCUUCUUAAAGAAGCAAGAGGAUUUUGAGCGCCAGUACAACUUUCGUUUUGAGGAACCUGAAGCACAACAUGUAAAAACAUAUCCUCGCGUUAUUGUAUCAUCUGUGCGUCGAAAGGAUGAGCACCGCAAAGAGAAGCGCCAAGAAAUACAGGAGCGCAAGAGAAAAGAGAGGGAACAGAAGCAGCAGGAACUGAAGCACCUGAAGAACCUGAAGCGUCAGGAGAUCCUGGAACGACUAGAGAAGCUACAUAAGAUCACUGGUAGAGCAGGUAACAGUUUUCAAGAAAGUGAUCUGGAAGGAGACUUUGAUCCCCACCUGCAUGACCAACUCAUGGAGAAUUAUUUUGGGGAUGUGUACUAUGGAGUUGGUGAGGAAGAGAAACCACAAUUUGAAACUGAAGAAGGAAUUGACGAUGAAUGGAAUUGGGACAAGUGGACUGGAAGGGAUGAUGGAAUGUGGUGGCAGCAGCAGGAGGAAGAUCACCAACCAUACUGUGAGGACCCUGACUUUGUGAUGGAUGCAAAUUAUGAUCCCUCCCAGCAACCAACCCAUUCCAAAAAGAAAAGGAAGCUGGAGAUUCCUCUUCUAGGAAAGAAGAAGUGCAAGUCACCUUUUGCAGAAGCCAUCUCUCAGGAAAAAGAGCCAUUUGAUCCCGAAACAAAGACAUUUGAACAAUAUUUGGAUGAGUUCUACCACUUGGAAUAUGAGGACCUGAUAGGGGACCUUCCUUGUCGUUUCAAGUACCGCACAGUUGUUCCCUGCAACUAUGGACUGUCAACUGAUGAGAUUUUGGCUGCUGAUGAUAAAGAAUUGAAUCACUGGUGUUCUCUACGGAAGACCUGCAUGUACAGAUCAGAAAAAGAAGAGUUGCAGGAGAAGGCGGUCUAUGAGAAGAAAAACCAAGAUGCUUGGAAGAAGAAACAGAUUCUCAAAUCUCUUCAAACAGGUGUGAUAUUCAACCCCCAGUACUUAUCUACAAUGACUAGGAGAGACUAUCACUUUUCAACCACAUUGGACAAAUGUAGGGAAAGAGAAUAUGUUCUCUGCUGAUCUCUGGAAGAUGCCAAAUCCAAAGAAACUACUGAAUUAGAUAACUCUUUAAGAUCCUCCAUGGGACAAAAUGUAAACAUUAUACAUUUCAGAUACUUAGCCUGUAUGUCUUAGUACAAAGGCAUGAAGAAUAAAGUCCCUCUCAGAUGUCUCACAUAUAGCCUUGCCACUCACCUUUGCUGAGAAAAUGGACAAGGAGACCCUGCGCAAGCAGCAUCUGCCCACUGCGCAACAUACAGCCCCAGCCACAGUCAGUGGUCCAUGCAGUGCCUUCGAGUUGCUGAAAAUCUCGACGGUAAGUCAGCCAGAUACGUGAGGCAAAGUCUUUCUGGAAACGCUCCACAUCCUCUUCAAUGAAAAAAAAAAUUCUAUCAGAUAGAGGUCCUCUGUGGCAGAGGCACCAUUUUUUUAUCAGGCCUCAAAGAAGCCUGAAGACACUUUCACACAAACUAAAGCUGCAGGAAAUCUUAGCGUAUACCUUCGCAGUAUAAGGCAAGACAGGGAGUGUAAGGUUAUAAAGGGCUAGCAUAAAAAAGUUUACAGACUUUGAUGAAUCUAGGUACUUUUUUUGUGUGAUCCUAACCAUCUUCUAAAACAUAGCAACAUUCAUGGAUGUAUAAACUGUACACCAGGUUGCUGAGAUUUUGCGAUUUGUUUCUUAGAGAAGGGGUACUCAAAUAGAACUCAGCUAAGUGAUGAGAAGACCCUGCCCUAUUGCAUCAAACUUACUCACCCUCUUCUCCAAAGUGAUAGACACGUCCAAAGAGAUGGACUGGGGAAACCUUGCUGAAAUUGGUUUUGAUUCUGAGACUCCAACCUGAGAAGAAAAAGGAACAGAAAAUUCAAUCUCAGAUCAUGUGAUAUGUCAGUUUAAAGCAAUUGAGCAAUCCCUUUUUUUCUUAUAGAAAUUACUGAGGGAAUGUGUUACCUGGCUUCCAGUUUUCCAACAGUACAUAAAUAAUCUUCACUUGCACAAAUGUAUGAGCAGCAGAGGACAAUCCUCUAAACACAGCCUUUUCCCUGUUAAUCUCUUUUGUCAUUAAGGCAACCAAGGAAUAAGAAACAAGAGUCUAAGGGCAGGAAUACUCCAAACACAUUCCAAUUAUUGGCAAUGUGGAUAGGGUGGAGGUCUAACCAACACACACCUUAAAUCCAUCAAAUGCACAUACAUGUAUAAAAAAACUAGCUCAGCUCUUGUCCUUAGAAUACACGUAGUCCUCAAUUUAUGACCACAAUUGAGUCCAAAAUUUCUGUUGCUAAGUGAAUCUGUUAAGUGAAUUUUGCCCCAUUUUAUGACCUAACCACAAUUGUUAAGUGAAUCUCUGUAGUUGUGAAGUUAAUAACACAGUUGUUAAAUCAAUCUGGCUUCUCUAUUCACUUUGCUUGUCAGAAGGUAAUCACAUGACCCCAGGACACUGCAACCAUCAUAAAUAUGAGUUGGUUGCCAAACAUCUGAAUUUUGAUUACGAGACCAUGCAACAAUCGUAAGUGUGAAAAACAGUCACAAGUCACUUUUUUCAAUGCCACUAUAAUGGUCACUAAAUUAACUGUUGUAAACCAAAGACUACCUGUAUGCAGUUUACACCUAUGCAGUGACUGAUGAUAUCUAUAUGGAUGCUAUGAAAAGUGAAGGUUAUCAACCCUGGAGCCAACUUUGAGAAUCUUCAGGGUUGCCACAGCAAGGCUGGAUGGAGCUGUGGGAAAGGGAGUGGGGAAUAGAGAUAGCUGGGGGAAUAUGUAGCCAAAAUAACAUUCUUUCUUGUGGGAACCAAGGAUAUACUCACCAGCACCUGGAGGAGUGUGGAUGGGAGUAAUCCGGGAUGGGGAGAGAGACCUGAUUGGGGCAUGUGAUGGUUGUGUGUGUUGGUUAGGGGAAGAACUUUGGAUUUUGAACUGGGUGGGGAAAACCCGGGGAAUUUCAGAGUCUGGUUUUCACCAGCUGUGCCAAUAUGACAUGCCUAAUAAAUCUAUACUUUGAGGAA